AUGCCAGGCUCAGACUGCCUUAAAUAUACUAAGAAAAGAUUGACCUGGCCAGAUGAGGAGAUCCAGGCGAAAUAUAAAAAGAAAUACGUCUGGGGAGAGAUGAUUCUUCAAUUGAUUUAUGCCGAAUUGGAUUUACGGAAACAGGUUCAGCUCGAGGAAAAACUACAGCACAAAGUGAAGGCAUUGGAAAAAUCCAUGUUUGUCACCAAACUCCAAAUUUCAGACGCAAGCCAAGAUCUAGAGAAGCUACACAAUCAGAUUACUUCUGCUGAACAUACAGUCUAUGAAAAAGAGGGUCAUCUUCCUAUAUUGUUGAAAAAGAACUACGACCUCUUGAGGAAGGACCCUCAUUGGUUCAUGCGCAAAGAACUGGUCGAUAAUUGUGCUAGUCAAGGUGGAUGUUGCAGUCGUGACUGUAGAUGCUGUGCUAAGAGGGAAUCUUCACCAAGACACAAGGGCAAGGGUCAUUGUACUGUGGAAUGUUGGUGCUGUUCUAUUUCGCGAGGCUUCGAAUUUUCAGAUGAGCAGAAAGAGGCUCGUACUCUAGAGUGGAAAUCUAUGUUGACAAAAUCUGGAUCUCCAUAUGCUUCAACAUUGGCCAAAUCCUUGAUUUGUCCAGUUUCCAAGUUCAGAUGGAGGUCAUUUUUUACUUCAAGUUCGGAUAAUGCCUCUCAGGACAUCGAAAACCUACUGGAAGGCUACUAA